UUCAUGUGUUAGUUUUCCCCCAAAAAUGGCUGAGGAAGAAGAGAAAACCAAGUCAGUGCAGAUCCAUAACUGGGCGGAGUUAACUCAGUUAUGCCUAGUUAACAUUCUCUCUCAUCUCUCCAUUGAAGAUCGAUGGCGAGGUGCCAUGUUUGUCUGCAGAUCCUGGUUACAAGCUUGUAAGGAUCCUAAUCUCAAUUCGGUAAUCGAUCUCGAAGCUCAGUUCAUCCAAUCGGUCUCUGAGUCGUCGUCGUGGACGACGACUCGUUACUGGAAUCGCGAGUUCGAGAGUAAAAUCGAUUCUAUGGUUCGAUCUGUUGUAAUUUGGAGUGAUGGAUCUCUGAAUUUUGUUCGGGUUAGGCAUUGCUCUAAUCGUUCCAUAGCUUUGAUCGCUGAAAGGUCGCCUAACCUUCAAGUUCUCUCAAUUCAGAGGUGUCCACAUGUAACCGAUGAAACAAUGUCUAAGAUAGCCUCUGGUUGCCCGUUGCUUAGGGAACUUGAUAUCAGCUUCUGCUAUCAAAUAUCUCACAAGUCUCUAGCUCUUAUAGGACAGCAUUGUCCUAAUUUGCAAAUUCUAAGGCGAAAUCUCAGGACUCAGGUUAAUCCUUCCCAACAAGAACCCUUUGUCCCUAGGGAGUAUGUAGAUACCUGUCCUCAAGAUGGCGAUUCAGAAGCUGCUGCAAUAGGGAAAUUCAUGCCACAACUCGUGCAACUUGAACUACAAUUCUCCAAAUUGACUAAUAAAGGUCUAGCUUUGAUAUCUGAAGGGUGUAUGAACCUCGAGCAUUUGGAUCUCUUUGGAUGUACAAAUGUUACUAGCCGGGAUAUUGCAAAUGCCUUGUCGAAUAUGAAGCAAUUGAAAACCUUGAAGGAGCCUCACCUCUGCUUAGAAUCUCAAACAGAGCGGUACGGGCAUUGGCAACUGUAUGAUGAUCGUUUCCAGACGGACUUCUUCCGAAUUUAAUCAGGCGAAAAAUGAGGGUAUGUUGUUAUUCAACUGCUUGUAUAUCACGCUUUCUAGAAUCCGCUCUAGUUUAACACUCUUUGAUUACUUUGUUGUGUUCAUAUAUUUCAAUCUCCU